AAUCUCAUCUACAUACAAUAAUGUUAAUCUAGCUUAUUGACUAUUAUAAUCCUAUGUGGUUCACCCAUACAACAUAAAAGUAAGUACUAGCUAUUUGGGUUGUCCUUUUUAAUUAUCGAUCAACUAUCUAUCACACAAAGAAAUAGAAAAUGAAGAUUUUCAACUGGGUUCAUCGUAGGUUUCAUCAUAAAUAUGAAGAGCAAGAUGCCACUAAGGCCGCGGAGGUUACUGAAAAUGGGAAAGACAAGCUAGCUUUGCUUAACGAUAAUAAUGAACCUCCUUUGGAUCAUAGUGUGUUUGAUGGUUGGAAGGAAGGCAUACUUGCUAUUGGAACAUUCGGGUUCGAUCCUGCAUUAUCCAAAGAUAUUGAGCAAGAAGAAGCGUAUGUUUGUGAUAACGCUACUCGUGAUGAAGUAUCUACGGAUGAGGACGAGGAAGAAGAUAUGGAACAUCCAUUGGUAUUAAAGGCUUGUAAGCAUGGGUUCUUUGAUGAUCAUAAGAAAGAUGAUCAUCAUUACAAGUACUUGCCACAAUGUGAUGAAAUUUCUCAACUCAAUGAUCAUGAUGAAGAUGGUGUAGUAGAGGACACUGAUGAUCUGAUGAUGAUGAUGAAAUAUCAAAAGAAGGCAGCUGGAGAAAGGAUUACUCUUGCUGAUCUGUUUUUGGCUGAUUCUCAAAAGAUCGCCUUGUUGAAUAACAAGCUGCAGCACUUGGCUGAUGAUGAAGAUCGUGUCAAGGCCAAAGUCGAUAAAAAUCUGCUAGCUGAUGAAUCCAUCAAUGUUAAACAUGAUCUAAAUGAUGACAGGGUUACCUUAAUAUCUAAUAAGAAGCUCACUAAAGACCAUGCCGCUCGCCCCAUCAAGAAAAUCAACCGAAUGGUUCGAAAAAUGUUGAAGAAGAAGAUCCAUCCGGACGUUGAGAAUCAAAAGCAGGAGACAGCACGUACGAAGCCCAAACGCUUAUAAUUUGGAUCAAACACACAUGAUCGAUAUGCGUUUGCAUUUACAUGUUGCCGCGAGUUAUUGACUAGUUUGCUUGAUUUCUCCACUUAAAGUUAUUGUAUGUUGUAUGUUCGUUGGUUUUCAUGUUCGAAAUUGUCGUUGUCUUUUUAUUUUAUUUUUUCUUGAAUUGGCAUUUAUUUUAUAAAUCUAUGGAGUGAAUGCUUUGUAUGUCA